AAUUUGAAUUUGACAUACCUAUUGAACAAAAUGUCAAUCUUACAGAUCUUGUUCUAACAUAUAUUUUACUAGCUCGAGUAUUACAAGAAAAGUGUGUUAAAAUGCACAAUAUAUCGCCAUUUUUUCGUUCCCCUUUGACUGACGUUACUGGGUGCAUCCAUUCCUACCAGAUGUUGGGUCGUUGCGCGAGGCAGGAGAUGGCAUUGAUGGACUGCCUGGAGGCUUAUGGACUGGACCGCGGCCUUGUGAAGUGUAACUAUUUGGUCGACGACUUCCGCGAAUGUCAUACCAAUGCGAAACAGUUCAAGCGAUUUUACGCGAUGCGCCGUGAGCGUGAUCGUCAGAUUGCGAUGAAGAAGCGUACUGGCGAUAAGAUGUACUGCUCCCCGCUUGUCGACAGCUAUUGAACUACCAGUUUAAGAGGAACCACAAAUAAACAAGAAAUGAAACUACUCGUAUCUUGCGUCGUAGUUUAAUUUCGCAAAACUUAACAUAAUGUCCUUUGUCGUUCCUGAAUAUUUUGUUAAGCAUUCAAAUAAAUACAUAUAACAUUGAUGCAAAA